AUGGAUGCAGUAGAUAACAAUCAAUUUGAAGUUAAAACAUCGAAAAGAAAAAUCCAAGCAGGACCGAACGUUUACUUGAACCCUGCGCUCGACCUCCUUGCCAACGAAGAUCCUAUGUGCAACACUGCCAUGGAAAUAACACCCAAUAAGAGACGCAAGAGAACUAAAAGCGACAUCGCAUCAUUUGAAAACACAGCAUUAGACCUUGGUAUUAGUAAAGCUGCAGUUAACGAAUUUUUACAGCGCGAACUUAACAAUGUACGUAAAAAUUUUAAACAUUACGAAACUCCGAUUAAAGUGUCUGAAGUAAAAGCGGACUCCGAACCUAUUUACGCGAACCUCGCUGAACUAUCUAAUGCAAAUAAGUUUGAGGCUAAUGUACAAAGUAAAAGUGUUGAAGUAAUUGAACCAAAUGAUGUUACGCAUUUCAAUGCAACAGGUGAUUUUGAAAUAGAUUCGGGUAUUUCAGUUCUCGAUGGCAAUAUAAACACUGCGAACCAGAGCGAACUGGUCAAUAAUGACAUAUCUGCUAUAACAAACACUACAAACAUACAGACCAAUGUAACUAAUCAAAUAUUUGUUAACAAUGCCAGUAAUCUCAACUUAAGUUUCAUUGAUAGACUUGCUUUAGACUCACCGGCAACGUCCAACCAAUCUUUAUAUUUAGAUGAUGAUUUAAAUGAAAGCAACAUCAUGGAGAUUAAAACAAUAACAAUAAUUACUAAAAAGAAAAUAGUUCCAGCUAAGAAGAACACAAAUCCGUUCCUAGAUCCCGAUUUAAAUAUUAACGAAGUAACGGGAGAAAAUCCUUUUGUAAAUCAAAAUUCAGUUCCCGCAUUAGAAUAUAAUGCUGCAGUAAACAGACCUGUUAGUGCACAGACUUUGAUACCUAGGAAGUUGUUUGGUAGUGACACAAAUAGUACGAUAUCUACUGUUAAUGAAACAUCUCUUAAUACUGAUAAUCAUGAAUAUGAAAACAUAGAUAGUUAUCGAUCUGAGAGUCCGAUUUAUGAAAACAUUGGUGAAGAUAUACCAGAUACAUUUUACAAUAAACAAAGUAAAAUACUCGGUCAUGAUGUAUCUCAUUUCAGUGCUGUCGAUAUCUUGAAUUUAAAUAAACGUUGCCAAGGCAACGAUUCGAACGAAUCAAAUGACAGUAAAAGAGAUUUAAAACAAAUAAUUAAAGCAAGUAAUAAACUGUCCAAGAAAGUAUUUAAAACUCUAAAAAAGAAAUUAAAAGGCGAGAAAGUUGAACAGAAUACUACGUUAAAUCCAUAUGAAGUGCCGCGGAAAGCAUCAAAACAAAAGGUUGAAAAGAAGAACUCCGGUAUCGAAAAUCCUGGAUUAAAUUUAGAUAAUUCAGACGAAAUUGAAAUUGAGGAAUUGGAAAAUGAACACGAAUACGAAACAAUAAAAACAAUUAGGAAUACACGACUUAAUACAAAUGUAACACCAUUAAAAGAAAAGGUUAUUGAUAACUUCGACCUAUCACACAAUAAGACUUAUACUCCGGGUAAAAAAGUAAGAUUUGAUUCAACGCUAAACAGGGAAAAGAUUAUUACUGGAAACAGUUUUAACAGUGACAUGCAGAGUCCGGGAUUUGACACCAAGGUUGACAAGUAUCACGAUGAGUUAGAAAACUGUAUAAAUGAAAAGAAGUUUCUUCAGCAGAAUAUGUGA